CAAGCAUAAAGUGAUGGCCGCAUUGUUGUAGUCGGCGCACACCGCAUAGCAGUGGAAACGCAGCCUCCGGCGCACCCAUGGGGCGCCUGCGCUACCACUGCCUGAGCGGGCUGCUCCUCCUUUUAGCUCUCGCCGCCAAGGCCGAGGAGGCCACUGCUGUACCACCAUGCGACAAAAAUGACCAUGACAAAAAAGAAGACAAGUUCACUCACUUCACGGAGAUUUUUUACACGGUCAUCUUCAUCAUUCUCGUGUGGAUCAGCGGCAAGAUCGCGGCCGCGGCAGGCGCGCCGUCGCUCGUGGGCGAGAUCCUGGUCGGCGUGAUCCUAGGGCCCCACGUCGUGGACUUCGUGCCUUUCCCCUCCGCUCUUAAGAGUAUAGGAGAAGUGGGUCUGUGCUUACAUGCGUUGGAAGCGGGUCUGAUGGUCGACGUCGAGAUGUUGGAAAUUGUGGGCGCGCGAGGUUUAGCUGUCGGAUUCGUCGGGAGUGCCGCACCUUUAGGACUUGGACUAUUAGUAGCAUUGGCCUGGGGCGCCAAAUUAACGCCGGCCUUUGUCGUCGGCGCGUGCACGGCGACGAUGUCGACUGGUAUUGCCCUUAAUGUCCUCAAAGCCGGUUCGGUCAUCAACCAGCCCAUCGGCCAGUUGAUCAUCGCCGCGGCGUCGGUGAAUGAAUUGGUGAAUAUCACGUUGUUGACUUGCGUCGACAACAUGAUGCGGCGAGCAAAACCGAUGGCCUACGCGCUACCUUUGGGUAGUAUGAUUUUACUGGUCCUCAUAGUGGGCUGGGCCGCGGUCAAGAUCGUGCCGCGGUGGCUCGAGAAGCAUAUUUUACCAAGAGUGCCGCAGCACCAUCGACCGAACGCUGUCCUUUUAUGUUUGUUUUCGGCGGCCAUCAUCUUGAUACCGGUCUGUAAAUAUUCUGGUAGUUCGGAGUUAUUGGGAGCCUUCUUAGCUGGUCUAUGUUUCUGUAGCGACCACGUCGUCCACGCGACGUGGGACCGCCAGGUAAAAAGAGUCUAUGCGUGGUUGAUGCGCUUGUUUUUUGCGGCGACGAUUGGGUUCGAAAUACCCAUCGAACACAUGAACACGCAAUCUUUAACCAAGGCGUGUAUCCUAUGCACCGUAUCCAUCGCUAAACUGGCGAUGGGCGCCUUCGCCCAGCCGCUGGACAGCGACCACUUCUGGAUCCUGGCCUGGGCCUGGGGCGAGUGGGGCGAGAUGUCUUUUUUUAUCGCCGGUGUCGCGGCUACUGAAAUUAAGUCGGGCCGGAUCAUCUCGAAGGACACCCAUAACGCCAUUUGUCUGGCGGUACUUGUGUCGAUGUUGGUGUGUCCCGCCGGUCUACGACGGAAGCUCGAAGAGUACGAGAAGAAGGCCAAGUACCAGAUCGCCGAGGCCUGUACCCGCGUCUCGUUAUCUCGGCUCAAACUUGGACACGAUCUCCGAGGGAUAGACAGAAACACCGCACUCCGACCCCAACAAACCUCAAAUUGAAGCACAAGUUGAACUUUGAUUCCCACGCAGGCGAUUGCCGACACGGCGGACACGUCCGGUCGCGAGCACGCGACCUACUUCUGCUUGCAGACGAAGUCCCACGCCCACUGGGACAUGUCCGGUUCGCUCCAGAAGAUGAUGCAGAAGCUCGGCUGCGACGUUAUUGAUUACCGCCAGUGGCAUCCGAACGAUCAUUUCGGCCUCGCGCACUGUGCGAUCUCCGCGUUUUGAAGUGUUGCGGUGCCUUCACUUCACUGAUACGACUCGUGUUUCUUUUUCGAGUUCGAGGCCGUUCGGACCACGCAGGCGUCAACGAGAUGUACGUGCGCGACGACCACGUUCGCUUACCGACGGCCGUCGACAUGUCCGCCGAGCAGAAUGUGAAGUUACGAGAGCGGAUCGACGCGAUCUUGGACGCUACUCGGGCGGCCCUCCACGAGGACGAGCACGACGGCGCGGAGAUUAGGGUGCAGAGAUGGUUACCUGGAAGUCACUUGGAAGGGAGUCGUUUGGUCGCGAACGAGGACGCGAAGGAACGGAUCGAGGUCCUAGCCUCGGAUACGAACGUGUAUAGGGGCGCCGACGGCAAGUUGCAUGGCAAGUCCUACGGGCCCUGGCGCUCUACUUCUCACUCUAGGAAGGCGAAGUCGGCGAAAGAAACCCUCACGCAUAGCGUCGAGGACACGAUCGACCAGGAGCAGUGCCUCGAGGGCUUCGACGAGGUCAGCUCGCAGAAGGGUUCGGUACGGAAGGAAAACCGAUUGAAAGCGUUCGCGCGACACGUCCUCGACCCUUCUGAAAAAGAUCAUGGGUUGGAGGCGGAGCGCGGCACGCGCGGGGCGUUGCACGCCGAACCUCAUCAUGAAUUGGACGGCUUCGUGCACCACGGCGCGCACCACCCCUUCGCGUUGCCGGACGACGACGACCACGAGAAGGAAGAUGAGCUCGUGUUCGGGUCGAAGUUACCGUCCUCGACGUCGUUGCGACGGAUGGCCUCCUUUAGAUCGAUGGCGUCGCUCGACGAGUCCGAGACGAAGGAGUGGCACCAGCACGACGUGGAGACGGCCGACGACGCGGGGACGGUGUUGCCUCUUGCCUCUACUUCUCUUGGUAAAAGAGCCAAGUCCUGGUCUGGGCGUGGUGGUUCUCCUGAUGAUCGGUCGCGGCGCGACGCCGCGCGGCGGCGGACGCUGUCCGAUUUGCCGCCGCCGCCGCCGUCGCCGGACUCGAAGCCGUCGACGCCGGCCCAUCUGGACGAGGUCGGGGAGAGUAAGCAGCUGUGAGCGAAAACCCGUUUUGA